CACCCGGCAGCAUGAUGAGCUGACAUCUUUGUAGUGUUCCUACUUGCCUUGUUACGCGCACACAGGGCAGAGGGAGCCAUUAUAAUACUGGAGCAGCUAACCCCCGCUGUCACUCCUCCCAAGAACCCAGCCAAAGAAUCCUAGAAUCCAAGAGAAAGGCUGCAACAAAUACCAGGGGAAGGUCUGAAGGAGGAGGUUGUGGUGGAGGGGAAGACCCUCUUCAGUGUGCGUUGUCUUCUUCUUUUACCACCUUCUUGGAGUGGGGAGUGAGGGAUGGAGAGGUGGUGGCCGGCUGCCCUGCUGGGCUGCGCGGUGGCGGUGGCAGCGCUGGUGGCUGCGGUGGAAUGCGCGGUGACGUAUGACAAGAAGGCGGUGCUGAUUGACGGGAAGAGGCGGAUUCUCUUCUCCGGAUCCAUACAUUACCCCAGGAGCACCCCUGAUAUGUGGGAAGGGCUAAUUCAGAAGGCUAAAGAUGGAGGCUUGGAUGUGAUCCAGACUUAUGUCUUUUGGAAUGGACAUGAGCCUACUCCUGGAAAUUACUAUUUCGAAGAGAGGUACGAUUUGGUCAGGUUCAUAGAGACUGUCCAAGAGGCCGGUCUGUUUGUACAUCUCCGCAUCGGUCCCUACAUUUGUGGCGAGUGGAAUUUUGGUGGCUUCCCAGUUUGGUUGAAGUAUGUACCAGGCAUCAGCUUCAGGACAGACAACGAACCUUUCAAGACGGCAAUGCAGGGUUUCACUGAGAAAAUUGUGGGGAUGAUGAAGAGUGAAAAUCUCUUUGCUUCCCAAGGUGGCCCUAUUAUCCUCUCUCAGAUUGAGAAUGAGUAUGGGCCGGAAGGCAAAGAGUUUGGUGCCGCUGGGCAGUCAUAUAUCAACUGGGCGGCAAAGAUGGCCGUGGGAUUGGGCACUGGUGUGCCGUGGGUGAUGUGCAAGGAGGAGGAUGCACCGGAUCCAGUGAUCAAUGCAUGCAAUGGUUUCUACUGUGAUGCAUUUUCUCCUAACAAGCCUUACAAGCCUAUGAUGUGGACUGAAGCAUGGAGUGGUUGGUUCACUGAAUUUGGUGGGACCAUCCGCCAACGACCAGUUGAAGAUCUCGCAUUUGGUGUUGCUCGCUUCGUACAAAAGGGUGGUUCUUUCAUCAAUUACUACAUGUAUCAUGGAGGAACAAAUUUCGGACGCACUGCUGGAGGUCCCUUCAUUACCACAAGCUAUGAUUAUGAUGCUCCAAUUGAUGAAUAUGGACUUCUGAGAGAACCAAAGCACAGUCAUCUUAAAGAACUUCACAGAGCUGUUAAGUUAUGUGAGCAGGCUUUGGUUUCUGUUGACCCGGCUGUUACUACCCUUGGAACUAUGCAAGAGGCCCAUGUCUUCCGAUCUCCAUCUGGUUGUGCAGCUUUCCUUACGAACUACAAUUCUAAUUCUUACGCAAAAGUUGUUUUCAACAAUGAAGAUUACAGCCUUCCACCUUGGUCAAUCAGCAUUCUUCCUGAUUGCAAGAAUGUAGUUUUUAACAGUGCAAAAGUUGGUGUUCAGACAUCUCAACUGCAAAUGUGGGCAGAUGGGGCCUCCUCGAUGAUGUUUGAGAGGUACGAUGAGGAAGUUGAUUCUCUGGUAGCUGCACCAUUGCUCUCAACAACUGGUCUACUUGAGCAGCUUAAUGUCACAAGAGACACCAGUGAUUAUCUCUGGUACAUCACCAGCGUGGAUGUAAACCCAUCUGAAAAGUUUGGACAAGGUGGUGAGCCUGUGUCUCUCAGUGUGCAAUCUGCUGGUCAUGCCUUGCAUGUCUUUGUCAAUGGACAGCUCCAAGGUUCUGCUUAUGGUACCAGGGAAGAUCGUAGAAUUUCAUAUAAGGGCAAUGCAAACCUUCGUGCCGGUACUAAUAAAAUUGCACUGCUGAGUGUUGCUUGUGGACUGCCGAAUGUCGGAGUGCAUUAUGAGACGUGGAAUACUGGUGUUGUUGGUCCUGUUUUGCUUCAUGGAUUGGAUGAAGGUUCACGAGAUCUGACUUGGCAGACUUGGUCCUAUCAGGUUGGCCUGAAAGGUGAACAAAUGAAUCUGAACUCCGUAGAAGGCUCAAGCUCAGUUGAAUGGAUGCAAGGAUCGUUGUUAGCCCAAAACCAACAGCCAUUGGCAUGGUAUAGGGCUUACUUUGAGACUCCCAGUGGGGACGAGCCACUGGCUCUGGAUAUGGGUAGCAUGGGUAAGGGCCAAAUCUGGAUAAAUGGACAGAGCAUUGGACGGUACUGGAUGGCAUACGCAAAUGGAGACUGCAAAGCGUGCAGUUACACUGGAACAUUCCGGGCACCAAAGUGUCAAGCUGGUUGCGGUCAGCCCACACAACGCUGGUAUCAUGUGCCAAGAUCCUGGUUGCAACCCACUAGAAAUCUGUUGGUAGUUUUUGAGGAACUUGGUGGGGAUUCUUCGAAGAUUGCUCUCGUGAAGAGGUCAGUCUCAAGUGUCUGUGCUGAUGUAUCUGAGGAUCAUCCAAAUAUUAACUGGCAGAUUGAAAGCUUUGGAGAACCUGAGCACCACAUGCCCAAAUUGCAUUUAAGAUGCUCACCUGGGCAGACUAUUUCUGCCAUCAAAUUUGCAAGCUUUGGGACACCUAUGGGAACAUGUGGAGAUUUCCAGCAAGGCGAUUGCCAUUCAGCUAACUCUCACACUGUUCUUGAGAAGAACUGCAUUGGGCUACAAAGAUGUGUCGUCGCUAUCUCCCCCGACAACUUUGGAGGAGAUCCCUGCCCAAAUGUGACGAAAAGGGUGGCAGUUGAGGCAGUAUGUUCACCCAGUGCAUAGCCUACUUCUCCACGCAACGAAUUUGAAGGCAAUUGAUGAAAAGGCAGCCUUGUGCAUGAUCAAGCAGAAAGAAAUCACUGCAGAGAGUUGAAUUGUAAGUAUUGACUUCAAGUAGAUGUGGUUGGAGGAUUCGAUGGUCAAUUUAGCACUCAUCCGUCAGAUUUCAGAUUAGGAUUUGUACUCUACAUCUCCAUGAACUGUUCAAAGCGGCUAACUGCUAAUUGAAGUUGGUCCUGGAAUGGAGUGUAGAGGGAAGUAGAGGCAGAAGAUUGAUGCAUUCUUUUGCUUGUGUUAGUACGCGUGCUGUUUCAUCUUUCUUGGAAGGAAGAAAGAUGCAGGUGAAGUGUGCAUGUACCUUUUUGUUGUACUACUGACGAUCUGAGGAGCCUUUCAAUUGGAAAAAAAAAAGUGUGCCUGAAGAUGCCGGAUGAUAUCUUGCUGUUGUUAGAAAGUUCAUAUUUGGUAGUACUAGUAUUCUCAAGGAAAAGUCAGUGUAAUUGCUUGAAAUUCAUCUCCACUCGUGAUAAAACCAUGCGAUGCGUAUGCCUAAGCCUGGGAAUUGUUUCACACUUCUAUUUCUGAAGAAAUGUGUGUUACGCGUGCAUCCUGAUUGGAUACCUUUUCUUCGGUUCAGCCAUCAUUCCUGCAGAAA